GGCAGCCACGCCGCGAUCGGGCUGGCUCCGAGCCGCCUUCGGUCCCCCGGGCUCUCCGCGUCCCCGCGGUACGAGCUGAGCCCCGGGGCCGAGGGAAGCACAAAGAGAGCCGGAGAAGCCCGCCCGGCCGGUGGCGAUGCACUGUGGCCGGCCAGAGCCGCGACUGCGUCUGCGAGGCCGCCCGGCUUGGUAGCCCAGCGCCGCAGGUUGCAUCCGGACAGCACUUGACCAGCUGUUUUGUGCAUUUUCUAAUUUCGUGCAGAGCAGGGCAGCGGUCAGAGAGGUAAUCUGUAGAUUCGUGGCUUUAAAGGAUAAAUUAUAGCAUUGGAUUUGAUCCGUAUUGCAGUGGAUUAGAGCAACCUCUCCCCCCUCCCCUUCUCCUCCCCCCUUCCCUUCCAAUUCACUCCCCCCUCCUCCAGCACCACCUUUUUUCCUCUCAUGCAAUUCCAAAACUGACCCUGCCUGGCAGAGGGACUCUGUUAGGCGAGCGGAGCGGUGCCCACACCGCCGGCGCACCGCGGGAGCCAGCUCUUCCCCUUCAGUCUCCGCAGCCCCUCCGGGGCACCGCCGCUGCGAAUUCCCCGGAGGCAGACGCCGGGGCCGGGCUGCCUCCGCCGCGCGCCGGGGAGCGGACGCUGCCCGGGGGCUCCCCUUUGCUCAGCCCCGCCGGGGCCGUGAGGCGGCGGCGAAAGAGAGCUACCCCCCCCCUCGGGGCACUCCCGGAGCAGAGCGGGGCCGGGGACCCGGCAGGAAAUGGAAGGAUGAAGUGUGCAGCCGGAGCGGUGAUGUUCGUCCUCUCCUUGCUCUCCCCUGCAGGAACGUAAUCCGCAAUGCUAGUUCUCAGGUUGCUCAAUGUUGUUGCUCCAGCCUACUUCUUGUGCAUCUCCCUAGUGACCUUCGUCCUCCAGAUCUUUCUCUUCAUCCCCAGCAUGUUCAGAGACCCCUCCACCACCCCACUUUUCUCUCCUGCUCUGCUGCAUGGGGCCCUCUUCCUCUUCCUCUCAGCUAAUGCCCUGGGCAACUACAUCCUCGUGAUCCAGAGCUCCCCUGAGGAACUGGGCAAGGGCUUUAACUUGGGCGAAGGAGCUGAAAUGGUGGCGGACUGGCUGGAUGGAAGCAGGUCCCCUGGCUCAGCCUUGCCCAGCACUCACUACUGUAGACUGUGUGCCAGAGUCACCCAGAGGCAUGACCACCACUGUUUCUUCACAGGGAACUGCAUCGGGAGCAGGAACAUGCGGAACUUCAUCAUGUUCUGCCUCUACACCUCCCUGGCUUGCCUUGACUCCCUGGUGGCAGGCAUGGCUUACAUUUCUGCUUCACUCUCCAUGUCCUUUGCAAACCCGCUGGCCUUCCUCACCCUUCUGCCUCACUCUAUCAGCCAGUUCUUCUCAGGGGCUCUGCUCAGCUCUGAGAUGUUUGUCAUCCUCAUGCUCUACCUCUGGCUUGGGAUUGGGCUGGCCUGUGCGGGGUUCUGCUGCCACCAACUGCUGCUGAUCCUGCGUGGGCAGACACGGUACCAAGUGCGGAAGGGGAUGGUGGUGAGAGCUCGGCCCUGGCGGGAGAAUCUUCGGGAGGUCUUCGGCAAGAGAUGGCUGCUGGGGCUUCUCAUCCCCAUGCUGAAUGUGGGAAAUGACUGCCGCAGGCAGAAAGUGAAGUAAAACCCCUGCGUGUGCAUCCCUUGCAGGCAGCACUCCCCAGCUCCCAGACCGUGAGGAGCUGGGCCACUCCAUCCCUUGAGACUGCACUCUCUGCAGGAGGAUGGGACCGGUUAUCCAAGAGAAUCAACUUAGCCUAUUAAUGCAGAGAUCACACACCAUGUAGAGGAAGAGAUACUGCAGCUUAGUAGUCACAUCACUGCACCUGCAUACAUGGCAACAGGCUUUGAACUAGCAGCAGGAUUAGUCAGAUCUCAGCUCCCUGCCCUUGGCCACCUGUAUGUCCCCAAACAAGCUACAGCAGGAGCUCCCUUUGAGAUCCUGGGUUGUUGUGGUAGGCUGCAAAACCGACACCUGCUCACUGGGGGCCUGCAAGGUGCCUUUGGCCCUUUUGUGCUGGAGGCAACUUCACAGCACUGAGAAGCCCCCCCUGGCAGACCUGCAAUGCAAUCAAGCCUCCAUAGGAGCAGGCUGUGAACAUGGCUGUGGUAGCAGAUGAAUCUGCUCUCAAAAGGCUAGAAAAGCCAGGAAAGAAACAAAGAGAAAUCUAGUAUUUCUCCAUUUCUGUCUCAACCCACUCCCUGUGUGAUGACAUGCCAACACUGCAUCUUUGCCACUUGCUUUCAGCAGCCCUUUGCCCAGGAAUGCAGCACAGGCAAAGCUGCAGCAAGCAGAUAAAUCAGUAUCAGGCAGAGCACAGGGAGAGGCAAUGCAGAGGUGAGGGGAAAGCUGUGUCUGAGGAACUGUACCGUCAGGCUGGGUGAGAAGGAGAGGAAAGAGCACGUCCAAGGACGUGUCCACGUCCUUUGCACCACACUCUGCAGAGGGCACCGGUACUGUUGGUGCUGCGAGGGGAUCUGAAUCCCAGGAACAAGAGCAGUUCCAGUGGAUCAGGACACUUCUCUUUGCACUAAAACCAAAAUAAUGUUUACCUCAGACAUCCCUGCCACACAGUGUUUAUAGUCUCUCCAGGGCAAUUCUCUCUUGCAUUGCCGCAGAGGGGUAAAUUCAUCCAUGUUAUAACUCCAUUAAGGAGGUUAAUGGAAUUACUACAGGGAUUAAUCAGCCUAAUGUGUCAGUUGUUUUCCAGCUGCAGCAACAGCCCUUGAGAUCAGUGCUGAGAUCCUAUGCUAAUAGGUGCCUUAAGAAAGAACGUGUGACAUUGACCAGGAUUGUAGUGCUGGGAUCGCCAGCACCUGAAACAAGAAGCCGUUGUUUUGGCAAACUGCAUCAGCUUAUGCAGGCUGGGUAGAAAUCCAUUGCUUCUCUUUAAUAAGCUGGGGAGUAUGCUGACAAGCCGUGAAAAAUGUGUUUUCCUUCCUCAAAAAUGCUCCCUAUGCAUCCCAGGUAGAGGAGCACAUGUGCUCGUAUCCUUGCAUUCCUCAUGAGCCACAGCAGAGGCACGCAGUCCUAUAGGUAACCAUCCUCCACCGCUUCACACUUGUAUACAUGUUUGGAUCAAUAAUAAUGUCCGUUGUGAUGAGCAGAGCAACCCUGAAAAUAUACUGAAAAAACCCUAACUGGAUAAUUAAAACUUGUAGUAUACAAACCCUUCCACACUGCGUGUGUUCGCAUGAAUGCACCACUGUUGCUAUGUGUAAUAAUCUGUAUUUUCACUAACAGUAAACAAUAAAAAGUGUUUUGACUUAUUAUGAUGGCUGUAUUGUGCAUCUUAACAGUUCACUAGCUGUCUUUGUAUAUGGCAGAAGCUACGUUUGUUACCUCAUGCAUACAGGCACUCUGAAGGAAAAAGUCAGGAUGUGUUUGUUGGUUUGUCAGUAAUUCAUUGUAAGAUUUUGGACAAGUCCUUUCACCGUUUCUACUUUAAUGUAAUGACCAAUCUAAAAAUGCAUCUAACAGGCAACUUGGAGACAUGUUCUAAUCGCUAUUUAAAAAUUACACUACAAACCUCAAUGGAAAGCUACAGGAAAAUUAAGUAUUGUCAUUGCCCAUGAACAGCAUCUCCAAGUAAAUUAUUCCCUGCUGGUGAGGUGGCAGCAAGGUGAGCAGACAGUCACCUUGUCACUGGCAGCUGAGCCAGCACUUGGAGCCACACACCUCGUCUUGGACGGGCUCCAAAAUUAUUCUUGUUCCACCGAUUAGUUGAUGCAACAACUUUCAGAUAUUUCUACAGGCAAAGGGCUCCUGAGGUUUCACAUCAGCAGAAAUUAUGUUCUUGCCCUCUGCUGCUGGCACUUGGAUGCUGCAGUUCGGGCAGCUUGUGGCACUCAGGGCCUGCUGCCAAGCCAUGAGCUUCUUGGGUGUGACAUGGUGGGAAGGGCACAGCCUGCUCACAGCUUGGGUGGCCUGCCUGUGAGGACAGUCCUGUGCAGGCAGUGGUGUUAACUGCCCCCAGAGCCUGCUGUCUCUGUGCACCAGUGCUGGGCCAUGACAGCCCUGUGCCAGAGUCAGAGCUGUCUGCCCUUGCUGCAAAGCCUCACUCCUUGUUUCAGCCCAGGGGAAUCUCAAUAUGAGCAACCACAGCAUGGCUCCCCACAAUUAUCCUUCACCCAGUUAUUCUUCCCCGUGACUAUUCAGACACCUGCGUUCUGACUGUAAAUCAUCACAUCGUCAUUUUGUGCAGUUAAACACUUCCUCUGCAGAAAACAGCUGGAUGUCAGCAGAAGUGGUGGGACUCUCAGAUGUAUGCAGUCUUUACAGUUAUGAUCCACUGGGAUGAAAAGAGCUAUAAAAAUGUGACAUUACAGUGACCCCAUGUAUUGGCUGAUUUCUCUCUUCAUUCCCAGUUGCAUGGACUGCCCUAUUUGGGGCAGAGCAGUAGUUCUGCAGGAACAGCUGAAAGCGUCUCUUUAAUUAUCCCGCUGUCCUGACAUCCCUUCCCGGUCAUACCUGUGCAUUCACUUUUAGAAAUCCUCGGGCAGAAAAUAUAACAGGCCUCAACAGCUCUGAAUAGAGCCUUUGCUCUUAGCUAUGAAUUAGUAAAUGAAGGCUUAGCUCAACAGCAAUGUCACAAAUUCUCAGCUAAAUCUGUUUGAUUGGCUCUACAGUUUUAUAAGGGUAAAUAAUAAACGCUUCCCAUUUUCUGUGCUUAGAGAGCUAUUGCUUACCAUUUGCAUUUUAUUAAGUAGCAGCUGCCAUAGCAAAAACAUUUCAGAACAUGAUUUCUCGUGACAAUGUCUAAGUAUUUCUAACAAUUUAAAAAAAUAAACAUUUAGGGCUUCUCUGGGCUUUGGAAAAUCAGAUGUUCAUAAUUUCUUCUCUGGUAAUGACAAAGGCUGAGGGAAAAGCUCCCUGUUGCCCAACUCCUUGCCACAGAAACCACAGGAUUUUGCUGAGUGGCUUGUCUAUUUUCAGCGUGUCUUCCUGAAAAGAAAUAGUGCCAUCUCUAAGGCCUCAGAAGCCUUUGCAAUGACAAUGGAAAACAAAUUGAGGAAUGUAAAUGCAAAAUAAACCAGGAGAAGUCUGUUCUUAUAUAUAGUAAAAUUCUCAUAUAAAUAAGAAGUAGGCAGUGUUUGUUUAGUACUACACUAUUGGGCAGUCAUUCAGGUCCGCAUGCAAAAGGUCUUCACUGGAUAAAUUCAAAGGAUACAGAGUUGAAACUUGAAGAGUCUGAAGUAAUAAGGCACAGGAAAGAUAUGAGAAAAGAUUAUGUGAAAUAGCAUUUAUCUUCUUUAAGAAAUAGCCAACUCAAGGGGGAUGAUCACAGUCUAAAAAUACUUGCAAGGAGACAGAAUAAAUGAAUGAGUGGACUCAUUAGCUGUAAGAAGAUAGCUGGAGGAGGACAGGCAGUCCUGUAGUGAGGAAAAGAAAAGCCAAGGUCAG